AUGACAUCUAGCUGCUGUGUCACCAACACAUUGCCAGCAUCUUUCUAGAGCUGUCCCCAGUCCUCCUCCAUCUGUUCCAGUAACAUGGGUAGCCGGUCCGAGCUGUGCCUAGGUUAUGUCUGCCAGCCCAUGCAGUGCAUGCCUUCCAUCUGCAUGCCUACCACUUACCGGCCAGCCAGCUGCCUCUCCAAGACCUACCUGUCCAGCUCUUGCCAGCCCAGCAACCGCCGGCCGGCCAGUUCCAUCCCCAGCUCCAUGGGUACCUACAGCUGGUUCUUCAGUGGCAGCGAGGGCUCCUUCAAUGGCAACGAGAAGGAGACCAUGCAGUUCCUGAAUGACCGUCUGGCCAGCUACCUGGAGAAGGUGCGGCAGCUGGAGAGGGAGAACGCAGAGCUGGAGGGCAAGAUCCAAGAGGCCAGCCAGGCCCAGGUGCUAACCAUGUAUCCUGACUACCAGUCCUACUUCCAGACCAUCGAGGAGCUCCAGCAGAAGGUACUGUGUACCAAAGCGGAGAACGCCAGGAUGAUUGUGCACAUAGACAAUGCCAAGCUGGCUGCGGAUGACUUCAGGACCAAGUAUGAGACGGAGCUGGCCCUGAGGCAGCUGGUAGAGGCAGACACCAAUGGCCUGCGCAGGAUCCUGGAUGAGCUGACCCUGAACAAAGCUGACUUGGAAGCUCAGGUGGAGUCCCUGAAGGAGGAACUGCUCUGCCUCAAGAGGAACCAUGAAGAGGAAGUCGGAGUCCUUCGACAACAGCUUGGCGACCGCCUUAACAUUGAGGUGGAUGCUGCGCCCCCUGUGGACCUGACCAAGAUGCUGGAGGAGAUGAGAUGUCAGUAUGAGACCGUGGUGGCGACCAACCACAGGGAUGUGGAGGAAUGGUUCAACACGCAGAUGGAGGAGCUUAACAAGCAGGUGGCCACAAGCUCUGAGCAGCUUCAGAGCUACCAGUCUGACAUCAUCGAUCUGAGACGAACAGUCAACACGUUGGAGAUUGAGCUGCAGGCUCAACACAGCCUGAGAGACUCUCUGGAGAACACGCUGGGGGAGACUGAGGCCCGCUACAGCUCCCAGCUGGGCCAGAUGCAGUGCAUGAUCACCAACGUGGAGUCCCAGCUGGCUGACAUCCGCUGUGACCUGGAGCGACAGAACCAAGAGUACAAGGUGUUGCUGGACGUCAAGGCCCGGUUGGAGUGUGAGAUCAACACGUACCGGGGCCUGCUGGAGAGUGAAGACAGCAAGUUGCCCUGUAACCCCUGCUCCACUCCCUCCUGCCAGCCUGGUGCCCCCUCCCCUGGAGGGUCCCGCUCCAUCUGUGUGCCCCGCACUCUCUGUGUGCCUUGUUCACCUCGUCUCCAGAGCCGCUACUGAAGUCCCUUCUUAUCCCUAAGUUUGUGGAUCCUGGCGGGACCGAGCUACAUGGCCUGGUGCCUCCUCAGGCCAAGACUGACCA